AUGCUUCGAGAAGAUGCUGAUUCUCAUGCUGUUCUCAAAGAAUUUAUAUCUCGAACUAUCAGCACAUUACAAGACUGGUUUGCCUCUAUUGGAGAAUAUCAUAAGGCUCAGUUUUGCCACCUAAAUACUAUACAGGCUGUCAAUGCUAUAUUUGCUAAAUUUCUUGGAGAUGCCUCUUUAUACAGCAAGCAGUUACGUCAGGAAUACUUUGACAUGCGUUGCUGCUCCCUGAAGAGGACAGAUAUUAAAAAGCACUACCAGCGCAUGGCUCAGUGCUAUUACCUACUAAAUGGUUACAAUGAUGUCAAUCUUAGGCACACAUACAUUACCUCUCUUUCGGAGGCAUUGCAACUUGAACUCCACAAAAGUAUUGUUGCUACCAGGAGAGCAAUAAAUACCAUUACCAUUGGAGAAAUCCACCAGAUGACGCUGGCUUGUCUAGACAAGAUGUGCGAGCAACAGAAGCCAAAGGAGAAGGGACACUACAAGAAGUACUCUUCUAGUUUCAAACCUCCUUUCAAGCACAAAAAGGGAAGAAAACCAGUCAGGAUGAACCAGAUGAGGACACUGUCUUUGCCCUUGGAGCAGAUACUGACUUUCGACCCAAACUACUCCCUGUCUUCAGAAGAAUCAGAGUCAGAAACUGAAGCCCAUAACCCCUCUUACCUGGCCCAACAUAUCCAAUCCUCACAUCCAGUACACAGCCCAGACACUAUUCCAAUACCCUUAGUUCCACUACACAUUCUUCCCAGCAGAUAUGAACGGCCUAUCAGUGUUAUUGGAUUUCUUGAUACUGGGGCUCACAAAAGCAUGAUGAACCCAGCCAUCUUACCUUCAGAAUACUGGCUCCCUCACACAGAAUACUUCAAGGCAGCAGACGGGAAUGUUUUCAAGACCAACCUCAUCACCAAGCAACCUAUUGGGAUUCAGUUCUUCCCCAACUCAUUUGAAGAUCCUACCAACAGGAUUAAAUAUAAAAGGAGUUUUCAACCAUUCACCUCUGUCCCAAGGCUAUACUCUUUAGUUGAUGCCUCAGCUGAGUUCCAAGAACACAAAGAACUCCUCCUAAGAUGUUGUGCUGAUUCUCAUGCACAUUUUCACCAUCGCCAACCUCUAUGGAAAAAUUCAGAAUUCUUUGUCAACCUUCCAUUCAAACUCAAUGAGAAUGUUAAUCCAACAAAGGCAUCACACCCUGGGAUGAAUCCAACAGACUUAAUUCUAGCCCAAGAAGAGUGCAGACAACUUCUCCAACAAGGUCUCAUAGAACCCACAUCCUUUCAGUGGGCUUGCCAGGCCUUUUAUGUUGAAAAGAGGUCCGAGCGACUAAGGGGAAAAAAGAGACUUGUCAUUGACUACAAGCCUCUCAACCAUUUCCUUCAGGAUGACAAAUUCCCAUUACCAAAACCUGAAGCCCUUUUCACUCAACUCCAUGAGGCCCAUGUCUUUUCAAAGUUCGAUCUCAAAACCAGAUUUUGGCAAUUGGGUAUUAAUCUCUCUGAUAGACCCAAAAUCGCUUUUUGCAUCCCUACGGCCCAAUAUCAAUGGACAGUUCUCCCAUUCGGCCUCAAAACGGCCCCAUCUGUAUUUCAAAAGGCCAUGACGAGGAUAUUCGAGCCCAUACUCCAUAGUGCUCUCAUCUAUAUAGAUGACAUCCUCCUCUUCUCCAAAGAUGUUACGGCCCAUAAGGAACUCCUCUCUACUUUUCAACACUUAGUAGAUUCCUAUGGGAUUAUGUUGUCAGAAAAGAAGAGCUCAUUGGCCCAAACAGAUAUUAAUUUCCUCGGAAUGAAAUUCAAAAAUGGAAAAUGCCAACCAGGACCCCACAUUGCAGAAGAACUACUAAAAUUCCCUGACAAGGACUUUUCAGUAAAACAAAUACAACAGUUCCUUGGUAUUAUCAAUUACAUCAGGAAGUUCAUUCCCCACGUGGCCACCCACACCAGCCAGCUAUCAAAAAUGCUUAGGAAGACUGCACCACCUUGGAAGAAGGAGUAG